AUGCCCAAUUUUGAAGAUGAUUUUGUAACAUUCUUUUAUAUCGAUGAUGGGUUUGUCUUCAAAGACUCAGAAACUAGCGAUUUGGACCAAAUUCAGAAAACCCCUUUUGCUCUCUUCGAGCACGACCUCUUAUGGGAAGACGAGGAGCUCGUGUGUCUUUUGUCGGAGGAGAAGAAACAGGCUGGCCUGAUUCGUGUCGUGAUAGAGUCAGAUGGGUGUCUGAAAAUGUCGAGGGAUGAGGCCGUUAAGUGGAUGCUCAAGGUGAUUGGGUCAGUUGACUAUUUCGAUCGAUUUAUUGCAAGCAUUUGUUUCCAGAGGGACAAGCCGUGGAUGGGUCAGUUGGCCGCUGUUGCCUGCCUUUCGAUUGCUGCCAAGGUGGAGGAAACUCAAGUUCCUCUCUUGCUAGACCUACAAGUGGAGUCUAAGUAUUUGUUUGAAGCAAAGACCAUUCAGAGAAUGGAGCUUUUGGUUCUGUCUACACUUAAAUGGAAAAUGAACCCGGUGACCUCAAUGUCGUACUUUGACCACAUUGGGAGGAGAUUUGGGCUAAUAAAGAAUCUGCAUUGGGAGUUCUUGAGGAGGUGUGAACCUGUGAUCCCCUCAAUCAUCACUGAUUGUAGAAUGGCCCAUUACCCUCCUUCUGUCAUUGCUUGUGCAUCAAUGAUUCAUGUGAUUAGAGAUAUCGAAACCGAUGAUUAUCUCGACUACGAGAAUCAGAUCAUAAACGUACUUGAAACUUGCAAGGAAAAGAUUGACAGUUGCCUCAAGCUUAUCAUGGAGCUCUUAGAUGAUCCUAGCCGUAGAUCUUACGGCAAGCGCAAGCACAUGUCUACACCUGGCAGCCCGAGUGGCGUGAUCGAUGCCGAUUUCAGCUCAAAUAGCUCGGUCGACUCGUGGGCCGUCGGAUCAUCAGUUUCAUCAUCUCCCGAGCCAGUUUUCAAGAAGAGCAGACCACAGGAUCAUCAUAUGAGGAUGGCCUCACUAAGCAGCUUCUCUGGUUGGCAAUCCUAAUCGCACUUCAGUUAAAUUGAGCUCGCAUUUUUUUUUUUCAAUUAACUUAUUUAUAUGAUAUUGGCGAUGAUGCUACUACGUGAUUUUUAUCUACUAUGCUGCCACAAUUCCUAGAAUAAUUUGGUCCAAUUAUGUAUAAAUGAUUCGUGUUGUGUUGGUAUGGUUCUGUAAUUUUCUUGCCAAAUCCCAUGUGAUGGAUUUGAUAUGUUUUGGCAAACUUGAAUCUUAUCUAUCGCUCCCUGUUGAUUGGGAUGGAAGUUGACAUUGGAGGAGAGGACGUUAUUGAGAAAAAAAAAAUUAUGCUGGAGACGCAUUAUUUGAUCUUCGUUUUCAUCCUCCUUUCUUUUU